CCACAAAGUCACCCACCCUGCUUUCGUCGUCGUGUGGCGCUGUGAGAUCGUCGCAGUCGCGUCGUCGCUCAUCCACGCUGCUCUUGACGGCACUGGUGGCAUGGCCAGCACCCCGCUCCCGUCUCACUCAUCCCCUGUCAAUUCCUUGAUUCGUCUUCGUUUGGCCGAUACACCGAUUCUUCUGAUGUAGGUUUCCGAAUCCCCGCACCAAAUGCAGGUCUCCUUCGCAGCUUUUGACAGUGUGCCGAGUGUGUCCGGUGAGGUUUGGCUUCUGCUUUCAUUCGGGGAUCGGGAUAAUGGUGUCGUCGUAUUGAGCGUAAUCCUCCGACUAGGGGUUGGGAUUCAGGAUACAAGGUUUUAGGGUUUAGGGUUGUAGGUUUAGAGAGCGAGGAAGGAUGCAGGGUGUGAGGAGAGUGGUUAGAUUAGUGCGCAUUCCACCCUUGCGGGAGUUUCAGCUUGUUGGGCAUAAUGCUUGUGUACGUGAAGCUGAACUCGCCCAGAAUGGUGGUGAGCCCCUUCGAUCUGCUGGACAUGUUUCGGAAUUUCGAGCAAUUGGCUCUUCCAUGGCAGCUGGUUUAUUUGUGAAAGUGUUUCAAUUGCAUGGCUGUGAGAGCAAGUCGCAAGUCAGGGGCUUUUGCACCCAGAGUGCAUUGCAGGAAGGUCAUGUGCGGAAGACGAGGCCUAGCGGGGAUCCCCAGAAGCUGUACGGAGAGAUUGUGGCAUUGAUGGAAAAGAAGGUGAUGCCGCAUCCGCACCAAUUGAUGGAACUGAUACGCUCUUCCUCCAGUGCCUCAGAGGUGGCAUUCGCCAUGGACGCUGCAGAUCGAUUGCGGUCGCUUAGGAUGAUGGAGAAGGGUGAGAAGGGAGUAAGCCAUAACAAGGAGGUGACACACAUGAUGGUGGCUGCAUGUCUUCGAGCGGGUGAUAAGCAGAAUGCUUUGAAGUUGCUGUGGAGAAAGAAUCCGUCUGGUUUCACCUCCAGCAUUGGUACCGCACAUUUGCUCCUCAAGCAUGCCAAGUUCCACAAAGAUGUGAAAUUCAUGCGACAAAUUUUGCGUGCCAUGAAAGCUAAUGACGUCACACCGACGGCGACCACAGCAGACAUUAUUCUGCGGCUGUGCAAGGAGAGUGGGGAAAUAGAUUUGAUGUUCUCCCUUGCGAGAGACUAUAACAAGGUAGGUCUUACCUUUUAUGAGUCUCUCUUUGAUGUUCUAAUCUCAAGUGCCGCCAAUGCUGGAGAUAUGAAAUUGGUUCAUGAGAUUCAGAGAUGGCGAGACAAACAAGGCUUGGUGCAUACAACCGCCAGUGCUGUAUCUAUGGCUAAGGCGCUGGUUCUAGAGGGCAAGCCCAAGGAGGCCGCGAAGCUGAUAAAUGAACACUGUCCCGAUGACCGCAAUAAUCUCACAAAGGAUGAAACACUGAGAGAGAAACGAGACAGAUACUUGGGCAUUUUAGUGAAGGUGUGGCCUCUCCAGCUCGUCACUGCGCUCAAAAUCGAGGCGAAAGAGGAAUAUUUGAGGAAGCUUAAGGUAGAUGUAGCUUGUAUGUUCGACGCUCUGAAGGACUUGGGUCUGACAAUUGAGGGAAUAGAUGUCGGUGAAAAUUUUGCACAAGGCAAAGGUAGCAAUAGCGCUGCACAGAAGGAGGUAAAGAAUGCUGAGGAGCUUCUACAAGGAAUCGGGGACCUGUAAUCUGACUUUUAGUAACAACGAGGUUACUCAGCGUUUAAAUUGUAUGAGUCUAUGAUACCAUCGAUGGUGAUCAUAAUGAGAAGACUUAUACAUGAACCACAUGACCAAAUUUUUAAAUACACAACCGAAAUGAAGAUAUUUGAUGCAGUUGCAGCAUGGGCUUCACAAUCUUGCAUAUACCUGCUGAUUACGUUUAUGCUGGAGAGUGAUGGAACGCCGGCAUGAAAACUCAUCUGAAAGGUGGGUUUCCACGAGAAGAUGGUGCCUCGAUUCCUCUGACAACAAAAUGGUCUACUCGUGUGGAGUAGAUUGCUGCAUACUCGUGCUCUACUUCCAGAGUUGUCAUGUAAAUUGGACAACAUUCGAUGACUUCACAAAGGUUUGUGCUUAAUUUCUUCAGUGAUAGGCUGCACAGAUUGGUCAGUGUUGAUUGGUUUCAUCACUAUGACAGGGAACUCUAGACCCCUUUGUGGGUGUGCCGUAGUCUAGAGCUGGCCUUCAGAUGUUACAGCCUUUUCAGACGCUGUGAAUCGUGCUCAGAAGGGCAUGCGAAGUGGAUAACUAUUUUUUAAUGUAAAUUAAGGUUAUGAGUGUUACCCAUGA